AUGAUUGAUAUUUUGGACGAGGUACUUGAAUCUGCGAUCGAUUUUCCGACAAAGGAAGAAAUAGAUAAAAAUUUACCAACAUGUUUCGAAGAUUUUAAAACUACUCGAAUUAUUCUCGAUUGCACAGAAAUCAAUAUCCAUAAACCGAAAAAUCUUUGUUGCCAGUUAAGAACGUAUUCUUUUUAUAAAGGGACAAACACCGCCAAAUAUAUGACAGGUGUCACACCUGGAGGUUUGAUUUCUUUUCUAAGUAAAGGGUACGGUGGAAGAGCGUCGGACAAGGCUAUUUGUGAGCAAAGUGGUUUAUUAGAAUUGAUAGCACAGGACAAAAAUAAGAGUAUUAUGGUCGAUAAAGGAUUUUUGAUAGAAGGAAUCUGUCGCGAUUAUGGAAUAAAAUCAAUUCGUCCGCCAUUUGUAAAAAAUAAGAAACCGUUUUCCGAAGAAGAUGCCUUAAAUACAUGUAAUAUUGCCAGCGCACGAGUUCACGUAGAAAGAGACAAUCAGAGAUUAAAAGUUUUCGAUAUUUUAGGAUCGAGAAUGCCAUCGUGCCUUGUGCCAAAAUCUGACAAAAUUAUGAGAAUUUUAUGUGCCAUUGUAAACUUAAGUUCGCCGAUUUUACGAGAUAAUAAAUUUUUUAAUAAUGAUGAAAAUUCAAACAAUUCCGAUAAUGACAAAAGUCAUCCUGAUUUGUAA